AAAAUAUUUUUUCGAAAUACAUAACCAUUCACAGUAAUUUAUUUCAUUUUCUAAUUUUCAAACAUAUUGGUGCAAUGUAUUAUUACAUUAUAAAUUAUUUUAACGCAGUGCAUUUAUGAAGAAAGAAGACGUUGCUGUUUUCUUUUUUACCGUUCUCUGCCUUACUUUUUUACGAUAUUAAUGUAUUUAUUGUACAAUGUUCGGGUAUAGCAAAGAAGCAGUUCGCGUGAAAGUUAAGAAAUGUGAAGGAAAACUUCAGCCUGAAUGGCGAAAGUUUUCAGUGGAUCCUCAAAUAACUUCCCUAGAAGUUUUACAGAGUAUUUUGAUCAAAGCAUUUGAUAUCAAAUCUGAUUUUACUUUAACCUAUAGGACAAUAGAUGACAUUGCCCAGGAUAUUUAUUUACCUUUGCUCUCUGAUUGGGAUUUGGAUGCAGCAUUUCUCAAAGCACAUAAUACAGCACUCACACAGAAAACAGAACCAUGUGUUCAAUUAAAAGUGGAUAUGAAGCCCUUUGCAGAAGCUUCCGAGGAUUGGGAGCCACCGGUGCUUUCGUCUGGAUCUAUAAGUCAAACUACCAAAGAGCCACCUCUUACUCAACCAAGUGUCAUUCAAAACGAUAAACCUGAAAUACAAACAGGUUUACAAGGAAUUAUUAUGAAUCGGGUAGAAAAAACAUUCAAUAUGGUAUCAAGAGCGUUGAACUUGUAUGAAGAUCCUAAUACACCACCUAGGCCACCCUUGAAUGAUGUAGAGUUUAGAACAUUUCUGGAUGCGGUUGGCCAAAUUAACAAUACAACUAAAUUAAGGGAAGUUAUUUACUGUGGAGGCAUUGAACCAAGCCUAAGGAAGGUUGUGUGGAAACAUAUACUUAAUGUUUAUCCUGAAGGCAUGACAGGAAAAGAGAGAAUGGACUAUAUCAAAAAGAAGGCAAAUGAAUAUUAUACACUAAGGGCAAAAUGGAAGGACUGUAUACAGAAUGGAAAGAUUAAUGCCGAUUUGGCAUAUGUUACCAGUAUGGUGCGGAAGGAUGUACUCCGAACUGAUAGACAUCAUGAUUUUUAUGCUGGAAGUGAUGACAAUCAAAAUAUUGCAUCACUCUUCAACAUUUUAACAACAUAUGCUUUGUACCACCCAACUGUCAGUUAUUGUCAAGGAAUGUCAGAUUUAGCAUCACCACUGCUUGUAACGAUGGGUGAUGAAGCGCAUGCAUACAUUUGUCUUUGUGCUCUAAUGACAAGAUUAUAUCCAAACUUUUUAUUAGACGGUGAAGCUAUGACUUUAAAAUUUAGUCAUCUAACAGAAUCUCUUCAAGUUUAUGAUCCAGACUUUUACAAUUACUUAAAAUCACAACAAGCAGAUGAUCUUUUGUUUUGCUAUAGAUGGUUGUUACUGGAAAUGAAACGUGAAUUUGCAUUUGAUGACGCUUUACGAAUGUUAGAAGUAUUAUGGGCUUCUUUACCCCAAAAAUUGCCCAACCCCGAAUUAUCAUUAAUGGAAACGGAUUUUGACUUGUCAUAUGAAGUACCAAUUGACCCUCCACCUUCAAGCCCAUUGCUCAAAGCACCGAGAGAAAAUGCAUAUACAAAAGUUUGUGCUAUGAGGAGACAAAGCUCUAGCUUCAGUUUGGCGAAUGUAAAGGCACCUAAACUCUCUACAACUAAACCUACUAAUCUUAGUUUAGAUGAAAAUGCUGUAAGAAAAGCACUGAAUAAUGCAUCAUUGAAGAAUGCAAAGGUUUUCCAAAGUCUGGAUGAUGCUACAUUACAGACAUGUAAACCUAAUCAGGAAGUAAAAUCUCCAGACAGGGUCAAAGAAAAUUUAAAAGUAUUGAUGAAAGAAGUAAAUAUUACUAAGCCAAGUAUGACAAGUGUGCCUGAAGAUGUUAAAACUGAUAGUUCACAGGAACCACAAUUAGAAUGGUCAAGUACAGGAAAUUUAGUCAAUGGAACAUCUCAACCUGAAGAAACCAGAAUAUCUAAAGAAACACCUCUAGGUAGCCAAAUAAGGCUCCUACGAGAUAAAAUAUCAGAACAUAAUAACAAAUUCUUUUCGUCUAUAGAUAAAUUUGAAAACUCUUUAGGUGAAGAUGGUGAUAAUAAACCCAAAAUUAAAAUGAUAAAAAAUCUUAAUGAAUUUUUAAACUUUGCAACUGGAGCCAAAAUUAAUAAUAUUAAGCCAGACACUAGCACACAACUAGAAAAAUCUGAUUUUAAACAUUGCCCUAAAAUCACAUUAGCAAAUACUCUACAUGUAUAUGACAACCUCACAGCUAGGAUAAAAAAUCAUACAACUUCAAGAAUAAGUGUAGAAAUUAAUGAUGGGAGUAGCCCUGAUGAUUCACAGGAAUAUUAUCCUAUGACAACUUCCAUGACUAGAGAAUUAAGAUUAGAAUUAGAACAUUUGGAUAGACAAGUAUUUGGUCCAUCAUAUGUCAAUAGAUGCAGUAUGGUCUGUGACUCUCCAUCUGAAUCUACAAGCACAGAUGAAAAAGCAUCCAAACAUUCUGAAAUGAAUGAUAUAACCAUGCAAAACUUAAAAGUCCAAGUAGAAGCAACAGACACUGUUCAGACAAUAAAAAAGUCACCAUUAUUAGACGCUACAAAAAUGAAUGCACGAAGUGUAGAAGAUAUUUAUCUUUGGGAAAAUCCGCUUCAUAGGAAUACCUCAACAACACGAAUAACAGCUAGCUGCCCUCAAACACCUGAUGAACAAGCAGAGCUUGACUUCGAUGGUGACACAGGAGAAAUAUUCGAAGAACAUUCAGGAAAGAAAUCAAUUACUCCCAUUAGAUUACUUAGAAAAAAUAACUCCUUGGAACCUCAAGACUUAAGUCAGCAUAAAAGUUCAAACAUACAAUCCAGUGAGUCUGAAUGUUCUGAUCCCGUGGAUUCUAUACAUAUGACACCAACAAAUCAAGAUGUUAAUUUAAAAUCACAUAAGUUUUUUUCAAAUAUGUCACAGGAAUUGGAGAAUGCAAAGCGAAACUGUGAAUCUAUACUUAAUGCUAGACAAUCUAAUUUACACAAUGUUGCAUCAACUAUCAAUAAUUUUCAGAGAAAGUAUGAUGUUUUUAAACCACCACUAAAAAAUGUGCCAGUCACAAACAUUGGAGAUAAUUCAAGUAAAACCACUAUAAACAAUCUUCCUUCUCCCACUGUGUUUGGAGGUGGAAAUCCAUUCCUUAUGUAUUUAUGUCUAACAGUAUUAUUACAGCAUAGGGAUUAUGUAAUGAGAAAUCACAUGGACUAUAAUGAAUUAGCAAUGCAUUUUGAUAAGAUGGUGAGGAAACAUAAUGUUAACAGGGUAUUAAAUCAAGCUCGGCAAAUGUAUGCCAUGUAUUUAAAGCAACAAUCACAAAAGACUGGUGAUGUGACUACUUGAAUGUAAGGAAAUGUAUGCUCAGAAUUAUGGGAUCUAGAGUAGAAUAAUGAAUUUAUUAUUUUACCUAUUCAAUAUAAUGCUUUUGCCAACUUA